AUGCCCCCGACGGCAUGGCGGAGGACUUCUACUAGUGAGCUUGGUCAACAGGUACAACGUGAUCCUGGUGCGGCUGUCAUCCAGCGACUACGCUGGCUGCGUGGCAGGAUGUCGAGACUUGAGAGAAUUGAGGGAGAGAGAAAAUUAAGAGCCGAACGAAGAGGAUUCAGCCGUGUUUUGGAGGGAUUUUCGGUGACGAUUUUCGGCGGCGAUCAAGACUUAGAGAUGGCUACGAGAGUUACAGCUCCAGAGAAACCAAGAGUUGAAGGGAAGCAGAAGAAUGGAGGCCAGGCUGAGGGCAGAAAUAGGCGAGUUUUGCGAGACAUUGGGAACAUGGUGGCGGCUGCAGCUCCUGCUGUUGAGGGGAAGCACCAGAAUCAGAUCACUCGCCCCAUCACUAGGAGUUUUGGAGCACAGUUGUUGGCAAAUGCCCAAGCAGCCGCUGAGAAGAACAACUUCAAGAAGCCAUUAGCCGAGAAUGCAAAUGUGCUGGUCGGAAGAGACGGGGCUGCAAAAGCGGCCGUUCCUGUCAAGAAGGAACCUCUGAAGCUGAAGACUAAUGAAGCCGUGGUUGUUAGUAGUCCCCCGAAAGAAAAAGUCUACAAAAGUGGUGAAAAAGUGAAGGAAGGAUCAUCUAAGAAGCACAACAAGACUCUCACCUCAGUCCUCACAGCUCGUAGCAAGGUUGCUUGUGGAAUUACCAAGAGGCCUAAGGAUCUGAUAGUGGAUAUCGAUGCUGCUGACAUGGACAACGAGCUGGCGGCAGUCGAGUAUGUGGAGGAUAUCUACAAAUUCUACAAGCUUGCUGAGGAUGAUGGCCGGGUUCGCGACUACAUGGAUUCGCAGAAAGAAAUAAACUCCAAGAUGAGGGCCAUUCUUGUGGACUGGCUGGUUGAAGUCCACAAGAAGUUUGAACUGAUGCCCGAGAGCCUUUACCUUACGAUCAACAUCGUGGAUCGGUUUCUUUCCCUUAAAGCUGUCCCGAGGAGGGAGCUUCAGUUGGUGGGCAUUAGCUCAAUGCUAAUUGCAUGCAAGUAUGAAGAGAUAUGGGCACCAGAGGUGAGCGAUUUCAUAGCUAUAUCAGACAAUGCUUACGUGAGAGAGCAAGUACUUCUCAUGGAAAAAGCGAUUCUUGGGAAACUCGAGUGGUACCUAACUGUUCCAACUCCAUACGUCUUUCUGGUUCGAUACAUCAAGGCUUCUAUCCCGGCCGAUAACGAGAUGGAGAACAUGACAUAUUUCUUUGCUGAGCUUGGGUUAACAAACUAUGUGACCAUCAUAAGCUACAGCCCCUCUAUGCUUGCUGCUAGUGCUGUGUAUGCUGCACGUUGCACGCUCAACAGGACCCCUUCUUGGACUCAAACCUUGAAGCACCACACGGGCUACUCUGAAGAUCAGCUUAUGGAGUGUGCGAAGCUGCUGGCGGGUUUCCAUUCGGGGCUUGCGGAAAAUAAGCUGAAAGCAGUUUCAAGGAAGUACUCAAAACCGGAGAGAGGUGCCGUUGCUUUGUUUCCACCGGCAAGAACCCUUCUUCUAACAGACUGA